AUGACUAAAUCAAGAAAACAGAAGCAAAAGAAGCAGGACUUCCUGAAGAAAAAACUGAAGGUUGGUAAGACUGCUCCGAAAGCAAGUAAUAUAACGGAUACAUCUUUCGUUGCACGGACCAUCUCUAUUAGGAACCAGCAUUUGGAGCAUGACAAUGAUUUGAUGAAGAGGCUAUCUCUGUUAAAGCAUCAUAACGCUACAGUAAGAAGAGAAACAUUGCAGAUAUAUCAGAAAGCUAUUCCGAGGAUAAUCAAUACUAGAAUAAUGGCCCCAUUAUUAUACCAUGCCAUUCCGUUAAUUGUGGAUCAAGACAAAGAUGUUCGCGAUGGUUUACUUUUACUUAUAGAGGAAAUAGGUAAUAUUGACCCAAAGAUUCUAGUUUUACAAUGUAACGUUUUCAUACUAUAUUUCAAUAUGGCCAUGACACAUAUUGUUCCUAGAAUACAAGCAGCUUCCACCAGGUUCUUAAUAUGUUUAAUGAAAUAUUGUUCUGAUGAGAUUGUGAGGCAAGCGUGGUUGAAAUUACUUGGCAGCGUGUUGUCAGUUUUGGGAUGGGGAACAAUGGGUAGUAAUCAAAGUGCAGGUGCAGUUCAAAGGAAGAAACGAGACUCUAAGAACACGAAAGUCCAUCUAGAUGCUUUAUUCCAACUUAUAGAGAAGGGAUGUAAAGAUCCUCACGAAAUAAUAGACGAAGACGACGCAAACAAAAAAGAAGACAGAACCACGAAUCCUCACCUUAUCCCGGAUAUGCCACAACCUUACGGUUACUUGAAACUAUUCACAAGACAGUUGAAAACGGCAGAUAACUCUUCGUCAGCAAAUGGAGUGUCUUCUCAGACAUCACUCGCAAACCAGGACCUGGACACUCGUCAACACGUCUUCAAAACAGAAUAUCUGGACAAGAUACAAAAACAGCUGGCCCAGUUGAUUAAAGAAGGUGGAGAGUGUGGUAAAAGUGCCAACAGCAUUAACAAACUAUUAGAAGAACUAUUUGCCGAUUAG